AUGUAUCAGCAAUACUUCGCUUCUGCCACAUCCAGUCAUGAGAACGGCACCCAAAAUGCUCGCUUCAAGAAGAUGAUGUGCUUUCCAGAGAAUCUCGUGUGCUUCGAAUGCGGCGCGAAACGACCGACCUGGGCAAGUACGAACUUAGGCAUUUUCUUCUGCUUGCGUUGCGCGGGUAUUCACCGCGCACUCGGCACACACAUUACGAAGGUGAAGUCUAUUAAUAUGGAUACCUGGGAUGAAUCUGCAAUCGAUUUCAUUGAGCGCAUCGGAAAUGCAAGAGGUAGGAUUCUUUACGAGCACAAUAUGCCGGACAUCUUCAAGCCGAACAUCAAUACUUCUUCGAAUGAGUUCGAAAAACUACUGCGGAUAAAAUACGAAAAGAAGGCCUACUACCAUCCGAACCACGAAGAACUCCUCAAAAAAUUUAUAAAUUCUGAUAUCGAGGCUCGGGUGACGCGAAGCAACGAUGGGAAUAAGCUUUUGAAAACGUCAAACACCACCGAGCCCAUCACCACUGGAGAGGCUAAAGAAAGUGCUUCACCCAACAGCCAGCCUAGCCCUAAGGAAAAUCUGUUUGAACCGGCAGAGGCAGUGGUGCCCAUUCCAAGCCUGUUCUGUAAACCUGUAGUGCCGACAACUUCUUCCGUUACGUCCACAUCGAACAGCCAGAUGUCGGAGCAUAGACGGCAUGCUGAGGUGCUGGAUCUCUUCGCGGAUGCGAAUCGGGCCCCGCCAUCCGCGAAGAAUGUGUGGUCCGGAAAUCCAAUAGUGGCUCAAGGGCACCUCCCCACCCCCUCUGCCCCGGCCUCAUCGAUGCAUCUCAGCGUUAAUGGCUUCCAUCCAGGCAUCGGUGGUGGGGUUUCCCCUGCUCCCUCCUCUUAUACGGCGCCAAUGUGGAAUACAACAGGUCCUGCUCUGUUGGCCAAGGCCCCUCUUAUGGCUGGCCCCACUUCUCUCCCUCCGUUUUCGGGCCCUCAAUGGGGUGGUCAGGGCCCUGGUGGACAUGGUCACCACUACGUCAGCCCCACCCCGGCGAUGGCCCCCCUCCCGGGCUCCGUAGGUUGUACAAAGGAUCUCGUGCAGUCCUUGUUCGCCACCCCAUCUGACCCUUCUGAGGCGGUGCAUGGCGCGUGGAAACCGCGUAGGGCGGGGACGUUUUAUUCCCCUCAUACACCAUACUGA